AUGUCGUUCUUCAAGAAACUGACCAAGGAGUUCGAGGAAAAGUUCAACGUCGGUGAUGACAAGAAGUCCGAGUCGAAGCCAGCGGACAGCAGUCACGAAGGCACUCGUGGCCAAUCCGACUCAUACUACGGCGGCAGUGCUCCUCCAAGCCAGCCUCAGUACGGCGGACACGAUUCGUACGGACAGCAGCAGCAACAGUACGGCCAACCUCAGUACGGCGGCCAGCAGCAGCAAUAUGGUGGCCACCAACAGCAGUACGGCGGCCCACCACAGAACCAGAGCUACGGCGGCGACCACUCUUCGUACGGCCAGCAACCCCAUUACGACCAAUCCCAGCAGUACGGCCAACCUCAACACGGCGGCCCACAGGGCUCGCCUCCUCAACCACAACGCUGGAUCAAGCAGUUCGACCAGCAAAGCCAGCGCGAAUACUACGUAGAGACCACUGGCCGCGCUGAGUGGAACCCACCUUCCGACUUCCACGCCAGCUCUGGCGGUGACCGCGGCUUCGGAACAGCUGCUGGCGUGGCCGGUCUUGGCGCGGCAGGUGCAGCUGCCUACGGUGCCAGCCACAUGGGUGGCGGCGGAGGUCACGGUCAGGAUGCAGGUGGCUUCCACAGCCAGUACGGAGGUGCCAUGCCCGCUCAAGGCUACAACGAUCCUCAGCAUCAGCAGAAUGCUCAGAACUACUACGGCGACAUUGACAAGAAGGAGAAGGACAAGAAGAAGGAGAAGGACAAUGACACUCGCAACAUGCUGCUAGCUGGUGCUGGUGGUCUGGCCGUGGGUGGUCUUGUUGGUGCUGCCAUUGCUCACGACUCGGACAGCGAUGACGGACACCACGCCGCCCCUGCAGGUGGCAACCCCAACUUCGUCUCCCCACCAGCUGAUCCAGCAUACGCUUACGGCACACCUGCCGCUCCACCAGCACAUGACAGCGACGCCGAGUCACUCCACGAGGCCCAGCAGGACUACAACGAGGCCGUCGAGGCAGCCGCUGACUCCGAUGCCAGCAGUAGCGAGCUUGAGGAUCUGCAGGAGGCACGCGAGGAGCUCGAAGAAGAGCGUGAGGACUACUACGAGGACUAA